GGACGACAGGGGGACUGUCCCACUCCAGGGGCACAACGUGAGGAUGCAUUUACUCAGGGGUCGAACCAGAGUUGUUUCUGUGGGAGAACGCAUCGCUCCCCCGUCUCUGGAGGGCUUUGGAUGCAUAAAUGUAAAAAGUCCUACGUCGUUUUGAACCGUUUCUUUGCCUUUAAUCCACACGUGUGUGAUGGUGUUUUUCGCCUCGUGCUGUUGUUGAGUGAACAGACCGGAUUGAAAUCCGAAUCGACGGCGCGCGAUCCGCCCGCGGAGGUGGAAAGAAAACCCCCGAGGACGCGCGCGCCUUCGGUGCCGUGCGUGCGUGCGUGCGGUCGCUUGCCCACAGUGUGGCGAGCUGCUGCUGCUGCUGCAUUCUGCUCCCCGCCGCCGCGCAGCGAACUACAUGGACGAGAGCGCGAGCGGCUUUCGGCGCCACAACCACCGAGCCGGAGUGGAUUAAGAACAGGGGGCGCGCGCGCGCGCGCACAGAGCCGCUCGGCGAACCAACCGCGAGACCACAUCAGAGGAAGAACCGCAAGUCCGUCUCACCCGGUUUAAGAGGGGCCCGUGAACUCACUUAAAGCAGUGCAUUGUGUGCGCGUGCGUGUGUGCGCGCGUGUCCGGCAGGGAGAGCUCGGCGGGAAUGGCUUCAUCUCCGUGCGGCAACAGUAACUUUGAUUCCGGUCUGGAAAUCAAAACUCGCUCCGUGGAGCAGACGCUUAUUCCUUUAGUAUCGCAGGCGCACAAAUGUUCCCGGGCCUGUGGAGCGGCGACAUGACAAACGCUUUCCCAUCAGGACAGAGAGGCACCAAGAGACGUUCCUCCUGUCCGUACCACGAUAACGAAGACAAACGGCUCCCUGUGACGAAGAUCACAACUCUGAUCAACCAUAAAGACAAGCCAAAGAAGUCUGAGGGCACUCAGGCCGCCGUACACCGGGUGGGCCAGGCGGUGAGCGUGGCCGUGGGGCGCUUUGUCACCGUCGGGGAGGCCAUCGCCACAGAGAACCAGGAGCUCAAGGAUGAGAUGGGUCAAGCUUGCUUUGAGGCACGCAGAGCAGGCGACACCAUAGCCCAGCUGACGGAUGUGGGACCGGCCUUGCCGUCCCGGUCGGACGGCCCGGUCACAGUGUUCAGCGACAGGACGGGGAUGGUGAAGGCUGCCCGCUUGCUCCUCUCUUCAGUCACUAAAGUUCUGGUCCUGGCUGACCGCAUCGUCAUCAAACAGAUAAUCACAUCCCGCAACAAGGUCCUGGUCACCCUCGACCAUCUGGAGAGAGUCAGCACCUUCCAGGAAUUUGUACAGAUUUUCAGCCAGUUUGGCAACGAGAUGGUGGAGUUCGCUCACCUUACUGGAGACCGACAGAACGACUUGAAGGACGAGAAGAAGAAAGCGCGGAUGGCAGCGGCCAGAGCAGUGCUGGAGAAAUGCACCAUGAUGCUCCUCACGGCCUCUAAGACCUGCCUAAGGCACCCAGAUUGCGAGUCGGCGCGGAUCAACAAGGACGCCGUGUUCCGCCGGAUGCGCUGCGCCCUGGAGCAGGUCAUCGAGAUCGUCACAGAGGCACGGAGCUGUGGGGAGAACAAGAUGCUUCCUGCCAGCAUCUACAACGCAAUCAACAACUUCAAGUCCAGCGUGGAGUGCCUGCGAGAGAACCUCAACUCCCCGUCCCCCCAGAGCAUUGGCAGCCAGCUGGAGGCCCUGGUGGAGCGGACGGAGGACUUCACUGAUUCGGCCUACACCAGCCACGAGCAGCGGCAGGCCAUCCUCGGUCUGUGCCAGCUGGCGCGCCAGGAAGCCCAGCAGCUGGUGCAAGCCUGGGCCGAGGCGCAGUCCGUCCAGGCCAAAGAAGCCACAGAGGACAUGGAGGUGGCCAUCCUGAAGACAUGCCAGAGCGCCAGCGAGCUGCGACGCGAGCUUCAUAAGGUGGCCGUCGUUCGUGCCGCCGACUUGCUCAAAGUCCACGGGGAGCAGUUGCCUCUGCGGGCUCUCAAGGCUGCAGGCGCCGAGGGAAACCUGGAGGCAGUGGCGGAGUAUUCUCGCACACUCACUGAGCAGAAGGAGCAGCUGGUGGAGACGUGCCGGCUGCUGUGCCACGUGUCAGGGACCGAGCCUCUGGAGAUCACCUGCAUACACGCUGAGGAGACCUUCCAUGUCAUCGGCCCACAGAUCGUGUCGGCUGCCCAGACGCUGGCCCUCCACCCGUCCAGUAAGAUCGCAAAGGAGAACCUGGAGGUGUUUUGUGAGGCCUGGGAGUCGCAGCUUUGUGACAUGGCCCUGCUGCUGAGGGAGAUCAACGACGUCUUUGAAGGCAGGCGAGGAGACAAAAGAUCUUAUGUGUCACUUCCCAGAACCGGGAAACACACGGCUAACAUGAAGACUGCCAAGGCUGUAAAGUUGGACGCAGAGGAGCAGACAAGCAUGGCCAAGCAGGGCCUGGAGCUCCGUCUGCUGUCGUCAGACGUGGACGCGGAGGUGGAGAAAUGGGAGGAGCAGGAACACGACGUUGUCCGACAGAGCCAGAGCCUGGCCAGCAUGGCCCACAACAUGUACCUGUUCACCAGAGGGGAGGGGCUGCUGAAAACAACAGUCGACCUUUUCCAUCAAGCAGAGGUUCUCUCUGAAGAGGGACUCCAGCUGUGCUCUUCUCUCCGCACCUUUUCCACUCAGCUAGUUGAGGAGGAGGAGAAGUCGGUGGUGAUGACAGAGAUGGAGAAAAUGUUGCCGUUGUGCCAACAGCUGCAGACGGGAGCCAGGAGCCCAGUGCAGGGCAAGACUGCCACCUUUCAGAAGGUGGACUCAUCCAUACAGACAACCAGAGGCAUCUUGACUGUGGUUCUCUCCAUUCUAUCAAUUUGCCACAAGCUCACCAGAAAGUACAAGUCGGAGAGGAGUAGCCUGGGGUCCCUGCAGGACUGGAGAGAGAGGCAGGACGCAUCCACGCCGGUCAAAGAGGAGGAAACUCUUAACAAGGACAGCAACGGCUUUGGGGUCAAAUCGCUGGAGCAACACAUAGUCGGGCUUAACCUCCUUGAGAGCAAAUAAUCCAGAGAGUAGUCCCCUCCCUGUUGUCCUUUGAAGCAGCACAUAGUCAACCUCCCUUUUCUGCAGAACAUCUAUUUCAGGAAAUACUUUACUUCCCGUCAUCCCCAUGCACACACCAGAGGGAGCUAGAGGAGUGUAUGUGGUGAAGAUGGAUGCCUCGGGGAAUUUAGAGAUUGUAUUUGUCGUCUGGAUGAUGAAGUGUAAGCUUUACGCAGCUCGCUGUUCCCAGGGGAACGUUGAAUCCAAGGUCGCUUUGUCACCAAAAGUACCAGUUUCACACGAGGCCACAAGAUGGAGACAAUCAGCCAAGAGUGUGACUUUGUAGUGAGGCUCCUCACUGAUUUCCAAGUCACUUAUUAUCGAUCCUCUGGGAAUUGAGUCAAUAAACUGAUCAGAAAUCAGGGGAAACGACUCCUGUUAAUGCUCAGCUUAGCCAUAAAUCCGUCUUCACUAUGUGCCUCUGUGUUGCAAGCCCAAUUGCUUCGUGCUGUAUUGUAAACGUGUUGCACAUGUUGGCCAAAUUUUGAAAUCAUCACCAAACCUUUGUGUUUGAGUCUCUUGUGGUCUACGUGUCAUAAGCUUGUAAUGUUGACACUUUUUCUGUAGUAUUAGAUGUAGUGGUACAUUGUGUCUGGUAAUUUCAUUCAUCUCACUUGGGUAAAUAAGUAUUUAAAACAUCAACCACACCAUACGAUUAAUGACUACUUUCCAUACAGCGUGUUGUGGAACACUAGACGUGUUAUUAAUCACAGUUUAACGCCAAAUAUGAUUGUUCUCAUUAGUAAGCUACCAUUUUCAGCUUGCUACUAGUGUGAGAAAUAAAGCUUACACCUCCAGUUUAGGUUGCUGGAUGGGCCUGGUUUCCUCUCUAAAAGUGUACUACUAUGAUACUUGUGGGGUGCCGGAAGCUUUAUUCAUGCUGUGCUGUUAUUAAAUCAGUGUGUGGUUGUACGCAGUUUAAAAAAAACAAAAACUGAACAUGUGUCAAUUGGAGCGUAUUUGUUAUGAAGACUAUCAUUGUGAAGCUGCCUUGAAGGCCAAUUUGUAAAUGGUAUCUAUAAUAGGGUACUUGAAGCAUAGAUUAUAUAUAAAUACACACAAUGUAUCCCAAGGUAGUACUUUGGUACUAGAUGAGAGGUGUAAUAAUGACUGAGAUGAUGACGUACAUUAAGCUUUAGAGAUGCUGUGUACAGUGAGAGCAGCUCGGGAUGCCAGUCAUUGUAGUUGCGCUAAAGAUGUGAAGAAAUAUUUGAUCUAGUUUUGGACCAUCCAUUCUUUUGACAAUUGUAAGGUUAAUAAAAGUGACACAAAAAAAAUAAACAAUAUUUUUCUUAAA